AUGCAGCCUGGCGAUGGACCACUGCACUAUCACACAAAGGAGCUAAGGGCAGACAAGGUCAUCAGUUGCUACCCGGAAAAGCUUCCCGUAAUACGGCAAUCUGGCACGCGGGUUUUCUCCUCGCUGAAGACAGAUGACAUCGAAGGCGCGCAACCGCAUUCCAAGGACUUUCGAACAAACCGAAGCGUGGACCCACUGGAACCGGAUUACAAGCUACCGACUGUCGAAGAAAGGCCCGUCACGCCCCCGCGCUUUCUGCGGGACCAGAUAGAUAUAUCCGACAUUGAAGGUGCCAAAUCAAAGCCUCUUUACACUAAGAAGGUCCGCAACACAAAUCUAGACGUCAGCGACAUUGCAGAACAGAGAACAGAGGUCAAGGAGAUCAGGCCCCGAACAAUCGACUACAUGAUGCUCAGUUCAGACGUAAGCAUUAACGACCCCAAACCAUACGAGUUCAGACAGGCAGACUUCAACCCCAACAACCCCAUUUAUCAGUGGAAGCACGCAGAGCAACCUGUAGCUUCGGGGUGCACCCUAACAAAUGAAAAACUGCUCAAUCGAAACGUAGUCGAACGGGGAGACCUUUCACUCAAGGCCGAUGACAUUUUGGAAAACGACCGUAUCAAACGGGAGAGGCUGUACGGCUCGCUGCGAAAGACCACCAAGGACACUCAAUCGUGUAUUGACAUUGAGGGGGCGAAAGCCAUGUACAGCUUCAACAAACUCAGCGACAAGUGUAGAAGAUAUUAUGGGAAAGACCCGCAUGAUCCAUCAAUUAGAGAUAAAGACUAUGCAUUUUUAUGCGGAGCAAUCAGUGGUAACAAGCAGCCACCGAUCUACUCGGCAGAUUUCAUCGGAAGAAGACUCAGUCACAGCUACUCGGGAGCUGAAAAGAAGGGCUUUGGAAUUAAAAGGUCCAUAGGAGAUGAAACUUAUGAUAACCCUAUGUCCAAGGCCGACCCUACUGCCUAUGUUCCUUCGCAUAAAGACGCCCCUUCUGUCGAAACAAAGUACGAACUAGAGCACGAUCGCGAGAAGUACAUUGCCUAUACUAAACUCAAUCCACACAUAGUACCCGAGUACCAGCCGUGCCCAAGUGAGCAUGUGUAUAAGAAAAAGGUGGAGCUCUAUGCAGACGACUCCCACAUGCCCCAUGCAGGUCAGGUCGUGGGAGUGAAGAAGUACCGCACAGCAUCUGAGCUCUGCGAAACCCUGCCGGGGCCAUCUAGAGCAACCUUGCUAGAACACGAAAAGCCCACUGUGGGCCGUAAAGAAGCAAGUAACAUAGGGCAUUGGCGUAAGGUUGUUGACAGGCUGGUAGAUGCAUCAGAGACAUACGACAGAGAAUAUUAUAACGAGUUCAACGCGGCUCGAAGCACAGCGGUCACCCUUAGAGACUUUAGUGGAGGACAACAAAAUACGGCAACAGCACCAAUACUCAAAGAGGGAACUAAAUCCAGCACCAUGCUCCGCAGCUGCAACGUGACUAAAGCGCUGCAGAGGACAGGCAGAAGGACUGAUGAACACGAAGUCCAAAUGGUUAGGAGCCUUCCAGCGUACUAG